AUGCCUGAUAUUCGAUCCUUCUUUACCGCAAAGGGUGGUGCGGCUCCUAAACCAGCACCACCCAAGAGUGAAGAUACACUGAAAGGGAAGCGAUCAAAAAGCCGAAAAGUUGUCGAGGAUAGCGAUGAAGAGGAAGCUGUGGAAACCAAGCCGGCCGUAAAGGCGGCACCCAAGAAGAAAAAGACUACUUCGGAACCUCAAGGAGUUGCUAUAUCCGCGGACGACUACUUUGCUUCAUCCAAGAAGACUACAGACCCCAAGAAUUCGACACCAAAAAAGGCAAGUUCGAAAGCACAAGUAAAGGAUGAAAUGCCCGUGAGAUCCAGUCCACGAAACAAACAACCAGUCCCCAAAUCAGAGCCAGUGGUACAAAAUGGUUCACCACCGAAAAAGAAGCCGACCACCUCUUACAAGAAACACCAUCUUGAUGACGAUGACGACGCAUAUAUGGAUGACGCGGAGGAAGACGGGGACGACAUUUUCGCCGCCGAUGCCAAGGGUCGAAGCAAGCGCAAAAAUGACGACUACGCUGACGAAGAGUCCGAAGAAGAGGUGCUGCCAAGGGCCAAACGGGUCGCCUCUCGCGGCCAAGCUGUACCAGACACAGUCACCCAAGGGGGCAAUCGCGCCGCUUCCACAGCUAGUAGGAAGCGCAAGUCCCCUGUGCAAGAGUCAGAUGAGGAGGAAGAGGAAGAGCUGCCUCGGAAGAAGCCAACCGCGGCGAAACCUCGUGCACCCCGAGCGAAAAAGGCAGACGAACCUGAAGAUGCGCAAAUCCAAGACAUCCUGGAUAGCGUGGCCACUGUCAGACCCCCGACACCUCCCCCGAAGGACCCCAAUGCCAAGUUUGAUUGGAGAAAGGCGGCUGCUGGAGGUGGGAAUGCAUCAGCCCAACCCAUGGGCACCGCCGACAUCCCAGAUGGUGCGGAGGAGUGCCUCUCUGGAUUGUCGUUUGUCUUCACGGGUGUCUUGCAGACGAUAGGGCGAGACGAAGCCCAAGCACUCGUCAAGCGCUAUGGAGGGAAAGUGACUGGCCAGCCCAGCAGCAAGACUAGUUUUGUUGUUCUCGGUGAUGACGCCGGGCCUAGCAAACUAGCCAAAAUUAAGUCCCAUGGCAUCAAGACGAUUGACGAAAAUGGCCUCUUUGAUCUGAUUCGGAAGCUGCCCGCCUAUGGUGGUACCGGCAAAGGAGCACAGAAGGCUCAGGAGAAGAAAAAGGCCGAAGAGGACAAGGUGAAGCAGCAGAUUGCGGAAAUGGAAGCAGAGGAGAAGAAACGCAAAGCAGAAGCUGCCAAGACGGCUCAGAAAGCCGCCAGUGCUCGAGGCGUUGCACCAUCAUCUCAACCUCUUCCCGCUCAAGCCGCCCAACUCCUCACAUCAAAGUAUGCCCCGACUCAGCUGAGUCACAUUUGUGGCAACAAAGCACAGGUGGAAAAGAUUCAAGCUUGGCUUCGGAAUUGGCCCAAGGCUAAAAAGUACAACUUUCAGCGUCGAGGAGCAGAUGGUUUAGGCGGAGAGCGAGCCAUUAUCAUUUCUGGGCCACCUGGAAUUGGUAAAACUACGGCCGCUCACCUGGCAGCCAAGUUGGAAGGCUAUGAUGUACUGGAGAGCAACGCAAGUGAUGUGAGGAGCAAGAAGUUGGUCGAGAACGGCGUGAGCGAUGUCAUGAACAACACGUCACUGUUGGGAUACUUUGCAGGCGAUGGAAAAUCGGUUGAUGCGGCAAAGAAGAAGAUUGUUCUCGUCAUGGACGAGGUGGAUGGCAUGUCUGCUGGUGACCGCGGUGGUGUUGGUGCCCUGGCCAAGUUUUGCAAGAAGACAGAAGUUCCGUUGAUUCUCAUUUGCAACGAACGUCGACUGCCCAAGAUGAAGCCAUUUGACCACGUCGCUUUCGACAUAAGAUUCAACCGACCUACGGUUGAUCAAGUGCGAUCGCGGAUUAUGACCAUUUGCCAUCGCGAGGGCCUCAGGCUGCCUCCACCAGUUGUCGACGCCUUGAUUGAGGGCAGCAACAAGGAUAUUCGACAGAUUAUCAACAUGAUUUCGACGGCGAAACUCGACCAAACGACGAUGAACUACGAUCAGGGCAAAGCCAUGACGAAAGCCUGGGAGAAGCAUGUGGUGCUGAAGCCUUGGGAUAUUUGCCAAAAGAUGCUUGGAGGCGGCCUCUUUGCACCAGCGAGCAAGGCUACUCUGAAUGAUAAGAUUGAGCUGUAUUUCAACGAUCACGAAUUCAGCUUCCUCAUGAUCCAAGAGAACUAUUUACGGACCAAACCGAUGAUGUUGAAUGGGAAGGGAUAUAACAAGCGAGAAGAAAAGCUGAAAGCCCUUGAGCUUUUCGACCAGGCAGCGGAGAGUAUCAGCGACGGUGAUCUCGUUGAUCGCAUGAUUCACGGACCGCAACAGCACUGGAGCCUGAUGCCUACUCACGCGAUAUUCAGCACAGUCCGCCCGGCAAGUUUCAUCUCUGGGCAGCUCAUCGGCUCAAACUUUACAUCCUGGCUGGGCAACUAUAGCAAGCAGGGCAAACUGGGGAGAUAUAUCCGCGAAAUUCACUCGCACAUGCGUCUCAAGUCUUCUGGCGAUCACAACGAAGUGCGGCAGCAGUACUUGCCUGUUCUGUGGAAGCAACUUGUGAACCGGCUGGAAAGCGAAGGCAAUGAUGCGGUACCUGAGGUGAUUGAGCUCAUGGACAGCUAUUUCCUCACGAGAGAGGAUUUCGACGCCAUCCAGGAGCUUGGUGUUGGACCGAUGAAUGAGGAAAAGGUUUCCAUUGAAACCAAGACCAAGGCGGCUUUCACCAGAACGUAUAACUCGAUGAACCACCCGGUUCCGUUUAUGAAGGCUAGCAGUGUCGUUGCUCCCAAGAAGCAGACAAAGGAUGCGCCUGACUUGGAGGAGGCAAUCGAAGAGGAAGACGACGGACAAGCGGCUGAAGCGCCGGACGUUGACGAUGAUGAGAUUGAUCUCAAGAAGGACAAGUAUAUUAAACAGCCCAAGAAGAAGCCUGCCAAGAAGGCAGCCAAAGCGGCAGGUGAUGAUGACGACGACGACAAACCUAAGAGUAAAGGGAAAGGUAGAGGAAAGGCGAAGAAGUAA